UGAGGGUUACCAGGGACGACGGAAGCACCAUGGCGGAGUACGGGGGUAGAUUUGAAAGUGAGAAAGCACUGGCGGAUAGAAGAGAAGUUAAGCGGAGAGUGAGGGAGGAGGCUCUGGCCAAGGCUCAAGCUAAAUAUGAAAAAGAGGAGAAACAGAAACAGCUCAAGCGUUUACGUGGUGAGGACACAUGGAUGUUGCCAGAUGUUGAUGAACGAAUAGGAGAGUUUUCAGAGGAACAUUCUGUUAAAUCCAAGAAGAAAAAAAAGAAAUCAAAGAAAGACAAAAAAGUGAAAAAGAAGAGCAAGUCAAAAGAUAAGACAGAAGCAUUCAGUGACAGUCCUUCUAGUUCAGAGAUUGAGUGGGUUGAAUCUUCGGCUGUUUCUAAUGUUGACAACAGUCAGAAACUCUGGAAAAUCAAAGAAGAACAAUCAAGUUCAGCAGAAAAAACAGACUCCAUUCAGAGGGAUGAAUGGAUGACAUUAGACUUCAUGUCCAUAAAGUCUAUAUCUACUGCUGAGAUCCAGGCUGGAAAACUGGAGAAGAAAAAAAUGGAGCAUGAGAAAGUGAAAGCCAUUGAACAGGCUGAAAUAGACAAAAGAGAAUUAAAUCCCUUUUGGAAAAAUGGAGGAACAGGCUUGCCAUCUGUGGAAAAUGACUCAACAAAAAUUCAAAAAGCAGCUUCAGUAGAAGAUGGCGGGCUGAGCUGGUUGAGACGAUCCUAUAAGCGCAUGAAGGAACAGGCAGUGAGGGAUCAGCGUCAACUAGAGGAUGUAAUUGCUGAGAGAUAUGGUUCUGUGGAAGUAUUCCAGGAGAAGCUACAAGCUGCCGAGGAAAUUGCAGUAUCGAACUAUCCAAAGUGUUCUGAAAGGAGUCGGAGAGGGUCUUGGGAAAAAGCAAGGAACUGGACUUCUGAUCAGACUGAUAAGAAAAAAUAUGAUUCUGGGAGAGGACAAAAUGGAGACAAAGACAGACAUGAGGAACGUGAGAGCGCUAUUGAGAGAGAGAAACCAGUAGGAAAUUUCCAGGAUGAACUUAAAUGGAAAAGGGAUAAAGAAAGACAAGAAACUGCCAAUCGAUGUAAAGAUAAAAAAUCCAAUGAAAGAGAGGUGGAAAUGGAGCAUGCUGAAGAUAAAGAUAGAGAAUGCAGAAUCCAAGAAGAAAAACGUAAGGAGAAAGUGCAACGAAGUACUGGUGCCAAAAAUUUAGGAAGUGAUCAUUUUCAUGACAGAGGGAAAGAUAAAUCCUUUCCCUUAAAUGAUUUAAAAUCUAAGUUUUUGAAGCCUGAAGAUUCUGGAAGUGGUAGGGGCAGUUGGGGUAUCAACUUUCCAAGAUGUUCUAAUCAAUUGUCAGAUUCACAGCCUUCUCAAAGUCGCAGUUUUCAAAAACCAGAUGAUGGUAGUGAUGAUAAAUCCGUGUGGAGCAGAUCUAAUAGUGGGGAAAGCCCAUCGCAACAACUUACAUCACUACCACACCAGAGAAGUGUUGCUACACUUAAAGAAAUGCCAAAUGCUGCUGACGAAUGGACAGAGACCAAGCCCAGGGAAAACACCAUGCAAGCAGAAGGUGCCCAGUGCCAACGCAAGUCAAGUUCUAGAACUACUGCUGUGAUUGAAGAAACUGUGCCGGCCCUCAGUGAGGAAGAAAUGAAUAAACUGGGUGCUAAGGUCAUCAAAGCAGAACUGAUGGGAAACAUAGAACUGGCAUCAAAACUUAAGGCUCAGUUGGAGGAGGCUCGAAAGUUGAAGGAACAAGGAAAAGGUCACCCACCAGCUACAACACUGAAGAGGACUGACACUGUGCCAUCUGAUGAAGAUCGUAAUGUGGUACUUGUUCGAACUGAUCCAUCUGGGAGAGUAUGGCCUGUUGAUUCUGCAGCAGAAACCAUGAUCCAUACAGAAGGGAAAAAGAAGAGACAAAUGAUUGAAACUCACCAUGAAGGAGAACGGAUUAGAUACUUUGAGGAUGAUGAUAAUCUGAGUCUUCAAGAUUUGGUUAGACAAGAAAAAUUGGCAACUGCAGAAGAUCAAAAUGAAAGGUUCUCACGGAUGGCUUCUAAAUUUAUGGAGAAAAUGGAUAGGGACUACUACACAUUGGAUGACAUGUUUGUGUCAAAAGCAGCCAGGAAAGAUCAGCCAGGUCGUGAAUGUGAAAGGCAACGAAAUAAAGCUAUACAUGAACAUAAACAUUUGGCUAAGCGUAUGGAGAAAUGCCAAUACUGCUUUGAUAACCCAGAACUUCCAAAACACCUUAUCAUUGGUAUUGGUGUAAAGGUAUAUCUGUGCCUUCCUAAUUACCAAUCAAUGACAGAUGGUCACUGCCUAAUAGUACCUCUCCAGCAUCAUACUGCAGGUAACCUGUUGGAUGAAGAUAUCUGGGAGGAAAUGCAGCUCUUCCGAAAAACCUUGGUGAAAAUGUUAGAAGACAAAGGUCUUGACUGUGUCUUUUUUGAGACAAAUAUGAGUUUGAAGAAACGAUUUCAUAUGGUAUAUGAAUGUAUUCCACUGCCAAAAGAACUUGGAGAUAUGGCUCCUAUCUACUUUAAGAAAGCUAUAAUGGAGUCCGAUGAAGAGUGGGCCAUGAACAAGAAGCUAGUUGAUCUUUCAACAAGGGAUAUCCGCAGAGCUGUUCCUAAAGGUCUUCCUUAUUUUUCUGUGGACUUUGGUCUUCAAGGUGGAUUUGCUCAUGUUAUUGAAAAUGAAGACAAGUUUCCUUUUUACUUUGGGAAGGAAAUUGUUGGUGGCAUGUUAGAUCUAGAGCCAAGGCGUUGGCGGAAACCUCACAGAGAAAACUUUGAUGAUCAGAGGAAGAAAGUGCUGCAGUUUUCACAGUGGUGGAAGCCUUAUGAUUGUACCAAAACUAAAAAUAAGGAAUAAGGUUGUCUUUUACAAGAAAAUGAUUAAACUCUCUUCGAACAUUGUAUUGGACAAAGACAAUUUCUUUACAAUGUUCUCUAGGUAAACCACCUCUGCUUAGGUAAACUAAAAAAAAGUUCGAUUUUUUUUUGCCAUGACGAGGCCUCCAUCAGUUUAGAGGAGCAACACCUUCAGCUCUGUCUAGGAAGCUUCCAUAAGCAUUGAUUUCUCCAACUUCUAGUAAUUUCUCCCCCUCCCCCUUCCCUCUUCUUCAACUCCCAGCUCUGGCUCCGCUCUUGCCUCUUCUCCCCAGCUGUCAGUCACCUCCCCUGGUGUCCCUUCUCCUUCCCUUUCUCCCCAUGGUCCACUCUCCUCUCCUGUCAGAUUCCUUAUUCUCCAGCCCUUUACCUUUCCACCUUUCACCUCGCUGCUUCAUAUAUCAUCACCUUCCUCCACCCAACUGGCUUCACCUAUCACAUUCACAUUUGUGCCUCCCCCCCACCCCCCCCCCAACCACUUCUUAUUCUGGCAUCUUCCUCCUUCCUUUCCAGUCCUAAUGAAAGACUCGGCGCGAAAUGUUGACUGUUUAUUCCCCUCCAUAGAUUCUGCCUAACCUGCUGAAUUCCUUCAGCAUUUUGUGUGAGUUGCUCUGCAGUUAAAAUUCAAGAUCCCACUGAUUUUAUCAUGAAGCUUUCAGAUGGCGGUACAAGAAUGUAAAAUUAAUCUAUAUUGAAAAUAGUUUAAAUUGGUAUUUUGCACUGUAAAUAGCAAAUAAAAGCAGGCUUAAUGUACAUUUUUAAUUUGUCCUCAGCUGUGAGGUUCAAGCUUUAUUAUGUUUAUAAAAGCAAAUGAAAAUUUGAUACUGUAAAUAGCUGUAAAUUUAUGUUGUUUCAUCACAAUGGGCUUGUAUGAGUUUCAUCUUUGAAAUGGAGAAAGUGCAAUUCAAGGAGGAGUUCAGUGUAAAAACAAGUUCAGUUAGGCAAUGAGUUGUGGUUGGGCCUCUGUUCAAGAAAGAUGGUGAGGAUCCUUAGACCAUCUGGAUGUGGAAUGAAGACAUUUUUGUGUUUUUAUUUCAUCAUCAGGGAGAAAAUUCAAAAAUCAGAUGUGCAAAGGAUCUUGGGAGUUUUUGUGCAGGAUUCCUUAAAUGUUAACUUGCCGAUUAAGUCAGUGGUAAGGAAGGCAAACGUAAUUUCAGCAUUCAUUUCGAGAGGACUAGAAUAUAAGAAUAAGUAUGAAAUGCUGAGGCUUUAUAAGGCAUUGGUCAAACCACCUUUGGAGUAUUGUGAGCACUUUUGGGCCCCUUAUCUAUGAAAAGAUGUGCUGGCAUUGGAGAGGGUCCAGAGGAGGUUCAAGAGAAUGAGUCCAGGAAUCAAAGGGUUAAUGUAUGAGGAGCGUUUGAUGGCUCUAGGCCUGUACUUACUGGAGUUUACAGGAAUGAGGGUGGAAUCUCAUUGAAACCGUAUUGAAUAUUGAAAGGUCUAGACAGAGUGGAUGUGAGGAGGAUAUUUCCUAUAGUAGGUGAGUCUAGAAUCAGAAGGCACAGCAUCUGAGUAGAAGUACGUACAGUACUGUGCAAAAGUCUUAGGAACACAUAUAGCUAUGCUGCUUAAGACAUUUGCACAGUACUGUAGUAAUUUUAUAUUCUGCACUGUACUGGUGCUGCAAAAAAGAUAUUUCAUGACAUAUGUGAGUGGUGCUAAACCUGAUUCUGAUAUAGGUCUCUAUUAUGGAUUGAGAGUGGAAAGGGGGCAGGGAGCGGGGACUCAUGGUUG